GAGCGCCAGGGAGUCCAGAGGUCCGAGUCGGGGGCCCCCUAAAACUCAGAGAGGAGGAGGAAAGAGGAGGUGCUGAACCGGACUCGAUACCGCCCCCCCCUCCCCGAAAGCCUGGAAGAAUUGCGCUCCGCCAGUGCGCCCUGCCUGCCAGUCGGAGGAUGGGGAUUUUUUCCCCAUUGAUUCACGUCCCCCUUUCCCUCCUCCUUCUCUCGAACAAGCCAGUCGGUCUGUCAAUGUGCUGCGUGCAUUAGGGCAAGUCAAACCAGUGGGAUUUUGAGGCAGAGAGACGAUGCGAUAACGAAUGAAGCGCUUUCCUCUGGCCGAGAAGCGACGCGUCCCGCUCUCCAAAUGAUGCGCUGCAUCAGAUAGGCGUCUAUUUCCAGCAAGGACUGAUGCUCACAGCUCGCAUCUUAUUUUUUAAAUUCACUUCACAACUUUCACGUUGGCCUUUGUGCGACGUUAUUAGAGUGCGGAUGCUUUUCUAGCUCUUUGGUUUGUUUCUCUCAGUUUUCUUGUGUUGUUGCUUUGAUUGAUUCUUGGACUCGAUUUGGAUCCUAGUUUGUUUUUUCAUUUUCAACGAAUCCGCUGAUGAAGGAUUUGCGGAUUUACAACCCGCGUGCAACCUGUGUAUUUUACAAAGAGGAGAAUAAGGAUUGUAAUGCGCACUGACUAAGCCCACCGAGCAUCAACAUGUCUGUAUGAGGAUGGAGCCGCGGACACCAGUGAUAUCUUUUCCAUUUUAAACGCUUUAUCUCCACAGUUUUGGCCUGACUUCGACUGUUUCCUUCUAACAGACUGACAGUAUUUCUUUACAGUUCAGCCUGGUAUGUUGGAAGGUAGAUGUUCUUGCGAGAAAACAAGGUAAUGGGAGAGAAAUCACACAGAGUCUGUUCAGAGAACAAGGGAACAUUGUUCGGAAAAAGACAAUUAGGGCGCACCGAAAGGCAACAGAAAUAGCUCUUGGGUGGCGAUACAUUUUUCACAAAAUUCGAUUCGGUGGAGUUAUAUUUGAACUGAGGAGCACUGCUUUGGAAAAAGGAGGACUAAUGACACAUUAAUUGGGAAGUCAUGGGAUUGGCACUGAAAUAGUACGACCGUGGACGCGCAGAAAACCAGUAGUUUUUGGAGAUCCGGACGCACGGAUUGAACAAGUUUCUCCUACACAUUUCAGAGUCUGGCUUUGGUUUGAUCCAGUACAAUUUGACGAAUUGUGGAUCCAUGAGGUUGUAUACAGCAGGCUUUCACUUCACACUUUGACUGCCUCUACCUAUAGCCUGAUCGGCUGUAGUCGCACAUCCAUUGUUUUGAGUCUCCGUGCAGCAGCAUUCACACAGAAAAUAUUGUCCAUUUCUUCUAAAUGGGGCUACAUAUGCUGGGUGUCAGGGUAGAAAUGGCGUGUCGAGGAAGUGGGAAUGGAUUGGGGCUCCUGCUGGUAUUCUUACUGGAUUUACUGGGGACGACGGCCAGCAAUAUGGAGCCCAUCUACUGGAAUUCCCUGAACGAAAGGUUCAGGGACGAUAAGGGCUACGUUCUGUACCCUCAGAUCGGGGACCGGCUGGACCUCAUCUGCCCUCCGCUGGACACCGCCAGGUCCACCCCAGAGUACGAGUUCUACAAGCUCUACCUUGUGUCGUCGCGGGAACAGGCGGACCGCUGCGAGGUGACCGGCCCCCCCAACAUUGUGCUGACCUGCGACGAGCCCACCCGCGAACGGCGCUUCACCAUCAAGUUCCAGGAGUUCUCGCCGAACCUCUGGGGCCACGAGUUCAAGACCAUGCGCGACUACUACAUCAUCGCUACGUCAGAUGGGACACGCCAAGGCCUGGAUAGCAUGAGAGGCGGAGUGUGUGCCACGCAAGGCAUGAAGGUGGUCCUGAAAGUGGGGCAGAGCCCAUAUGGGCUUCCACCGAAGGAGCGGGAUGCAGCGGGACGCACCACCAGCAGAAACCCAGGGGGCGCUGGGAACUCCACCCAGUCUCGAGGAGGCAGCGGCUUAGGGGGCGAGGGCAGCGGCGAGAAUGGGCCCCUUCAGCCCUCCAACAUCGCUCUCAUCGCUGGUGCCGCAGGAGGCUCUGCCUUCCUCCUGCUGGUUACCGCUGUGAUCUGCGUGGUGUGUUACAGGCGGCGGCACGCCAAGCACUCAGACACCCACCACCCUCCACUGUCGCUGUCCUCGCUCACCAGCCCCAAGCGGGGAGGAGGCGGGGGAAUCACCAGCUCCAACAACAACGGCUCCGAGCCCAGCGAUAUCAUCAUCCCUCUGCGGACGUCGGACUCAGCCUACUGCCCGCACUACGAGAAGGUGAGCGGAGACUAUGGACACCCCGUCUACAUCGUCCAGGAGAUGCCUCCUCAGAGCCCGGCCAACAUCUACUACAAAGUAUGAGACAGCCGCAGCUCCAGCCGACUGGACACAUCCACCUCCCUCUACCCAUUACCGACCAAUCCCCUGCUCCAAAUGAAGCCUCAGCAAAACUCGCCAUCACAGCUCCGACCCUGAAGCCCUAAAUUCUACCAGUAUUGUCCCAUGGACCCCACCCCCCCCACCCCACUCACUGUCCCGUGAGUCCAGCCACAGAUGUGUUUAUAGCUGAAUAAACCACCCCACCCCAUUCUCACACCACCGGGCCACCAAGUGUGUGUUAAGGGCAAUGUCGUAUUCAUACAUAGCCCUUCUUAACAAGGCCCUCACGAAUGGGCAAGAGCCUCUGAGUGCCCCCCUCUUGUUAACUCAGAGCUAAACGAGCGCCACCCGUGCUGAAUUGAAGAGUCGUCCCCAUAACGCCAGAAUGUGUGUGCGUGUGGCAACACACUGUUUCUAGGAGGAUGGACCUGGCGUUGGGACUUGAGAU